CCGUUAAGAUAAACCCGGGGGGGGGGCCUCAGGAACCUGACCUUGAGCUCCCUGGGCUUCACUCAACCUCGGCCGGGUUCCUAUUCCGGAACCCUGGGAGUUAAGGGUCCGCCUCGCCGCCAUGGCAACUUCACGAACACGGAAACGGAACCCCCGCGGCGCGCGAAGUUACCGCCGGGGAUGAGAAAUCCACAGGAUGACGGUCAUCCGAGGCUUGAGACGCCGGCGUGAAUCAGGAGAGAAACUUUGGUUCGUCUUCUGAAAGGCAACGGAACAGAUUAUCUCCUGGGGGGGGGGGGGUGAGUACUGUCCUCUCUCACCCACAGGAAAAGAAAGAGAGAACACAGAGAGUCCACAGACCUUAUGUACGAGCAGACAGACAAUUGAUGUCAAUUCACGGUCCCUCAACAAAGAACCAUGCCACCGUCACCUUGAGGUACAGGUUGGGAAGGAAGACUAUUGGGCGAGGACUGUCGUCAUGGAAACCAACCGAAUGCCCCGGGACCCUCAGGAGGACUCAUUUUUCGAGAAGUACAAACCGGCGUCCUGGGACGGCGUCACCCUCCCCAACCACGUUGUUUACCUGCCCCUGGCCAUGGCGGCAGUGCUCUUGUUGGCUUUAUACGCCAUCACAAGGCAUCUGAUCACAGGCCUGAUCCAUGACCUGGCAGACUGCCUGUUUGGGGAGCAGCCCCCGGGGGUGAUGGUGAACCCCUGGGACUGCAGAGACAAGUUCCGGGUCGACUGGAGCCCCAGGGCCCUGCCGGAGCUGGAGGAGCUGGCCAGGGCCGAGCAGAUCCAGGAGGAGAUGGAGAGCGAUCGCAACCGCAAACUGUCCCCCAUCUGGGUCAUUCCUGACUGUGCCGUGCCACGCCCACCCCGAGCUGGGCCCCGGGUGGCCUUUGGGAAGAUAAUUUAAACACCCAUGAGAACAUACAGGCCCUCUCACAUCCACACCCAGAGUGAGGCACAUUCAGAAGCGCGCGCACCAAUAUAUAUACUGACACAAACAAAGACACUUGCGGAGUAACUGACACACAGAUACAUAUGCUGACACAAACACAGACGCAGUAAAGUUCAC